GACUCUCUCUCUCUCUUUCUCCCUCGAGAUUUGCUAGAUCGCCGCCGUCUCUUCGUCGGUCGGCGUAGAACAUCGUACUGUCGUGUCCGGCUUGCCGCCGCGUCACGUUCGCCGGACAUAGCCCCGGAGCCCUUCGGUUCCGUAGAGGACAGGGCACGGCCUUCGCGUUCGCCUGUUCGUCUCCUCGCGUGCCGCGGGACUCCUCUUGUACCGAGAGAAGAGAUCGUCCGGUUUCGGUCGGGUUGAGAAGGGUCCCUUCGGGUUUGCAUAUGGGCUGUACGGAAGUGGGUGCCUCUAUGAAGGAGAUUCUUCAUGUAGUGGUAAAGCGAGAAAUUUUGGAGCUGUUUUUUGAUAGUUAAAAUGGGUGUGACGUGCAUGGAGGUCGACACUGAUAGAGAAAAGCAACUGGAAAGGCGACGGAAGAGACGGUGCUUGCGUGACCCCAUUGUAAUGCCAACUUCUUUACAGAAUGGUGCUCCUGAGAGAGCUCCACAAAGAACUGAUAGGGUCGACUUCUUCGGAGACGAGGAAUAUGUGAAUUUCUUGAAACGUUAUCACGACAAUUCUGGUUUCGUGCCUUCGGAAGCUUAUAGAUGUGGCAGCAGUAGUGGUAGCGAUGAUUUAUUGGAUCCACAGUAUAAGAUUUUCUUUGAAAGUCUGAGAGUAACCGGGAAGUCAUACGAGCUUGAGGUACAAGUAGACAUUGGAACCAGUAUACUCCUCAAGUAUAACAUUGAAGACCAGCCAUAUGAAGGAUUAAUCUUUGAAGAUUUGAAGAGUCGAACAUUGAAUAAUACUGCAGAUACGGUGAGAAGGUUGAGGAAUGCUGUGGGAAGAGGAAAGGACAAAGUUGCUGCUCCGAUGAGGAAAGAAAAUGAGAAGGAAAGAAGAAUCCCGAGAAAUGUUUCCGGAAGGGAGAAGGAGAGCCUGCAAAUUAGCAAAGCUGCUGCAACAAGCAAAGGAAUUUGCAACUUGGAUAUAGAAGCCCGACCUGCAAAUCUUGGUUCUAAUCAGGCAACUAGACAGUCCCCUGGGGUAUUGCGUCCCGAGGUUCGACAAGCACCUGAGCAUGAGGAGGAGACAUGCGAUGAAAGCUACCUAGCCCUUCUGAAUGGUGCAAAAGAUGAUGGUAACAUUCUUGAAUUUACAUUUGAUAAUGGUAAACAAACUACCAAAGCUGCUACAACGAGCAAGGGAAAUUGCAACUUGGAUAAAAGAAAGAGAGAAGCCCAACCCACAAAUCUUGGUUCUGAUCGGGCCAUUAGAUGGUCCCCUAGGGUAUCGCCUCCAGAGGUUCGACAAGCACCCGAGCAUGAGGGGGAGACAUGUGAUGACAGCUACCAAGCCCUUCUGAAUGGUGUAAAUAAGGAUGGUAACAUUCUUGAAUUUACAUCUGAUGAUGGUAAACAAACUACUAAAGCUGCUGCAACGAGCAAAAGAAAUUGCAACUUGGAUAAAAGAAAUAUAGAAGCCCGACCCGCAAUUCUUGGUUCUACUCGGGCCAUUAGACGGUCCCCUAGGAUAUUGCAUCCAGAGGUUCGACAAGCACCCGAGCAUGAGGAGGAGACAUGGGAUGAAAGCUACCUAGCCUUUCUGCAUUGUGCAAAAGAGGAUGGUAGCAUUCUUGAAUUUAGAUCUGAUAAUGGUAAACUAAUUAGAUAUGAGGAGGAGGAUGAUGAGGAAAGUUCAUGUGAAGUGGAAAUGCUUGCUGGAGAAGAUAUAUCUAAAUGUGAAGAAUUUGUGACUAUGAAUUUAUCUGAAGAUCCGAUAACCAUUGACAGUAAGCACUUUGCUGAUGAUCCUGGAAGCAGCAGCGGUACCGUAUUCAGGAAGAAACUCAUGGGUGUACUUCAAAUGCCCUAUGAUGUGAAGGAGCAUGAAGACCUUUCCCGAAGAGUAAGACAUAAAAGGCAAAAGACGGUGGAAAAAAGUCUGCGUCAAGGACGGGAUUUCACCUCUUCAUUGGGGGAGCGCUGCAAAUCAUAUCUUGAGCUGUACAAGGAUUUUGCAAAAGAACUCAAGUCGGUUCGAGGUGAUCGUCACCGGAAUUUGAAUCUCUUACGUGGAUUUUUCUUUUGGUUGGAGAACGUACCCAAGGACGGAGCAUUUAAGCCUUGGUUGGAUCCAACUUGUUUGAAAGUGUUACCUACACAGGCAGUUAGGAGGGUCUAACGUGAAUAUUUCUCCGACCCCGACAAGAAAGCGUGCAAAACCUGGAAAUGCUGCUGCAAUGUUUAUUCAGUAUGUCGAUGUCCUAAUUCUUGUCAAGAUUUUGGUAAUACACAUAGUGAAUCUGAUGGUUGUGCGUCACUCAUCAUCCCCAAGGUGGAAUUUGGGGACUACAUCAAGGAACAUGCUUUUCUGUAUUUCAGUCACUUGCAAAUGCAAGCGGAUCUUUUUGUACUGCGAAAAUCAUGUUUAUCGAAAUGUGCAGCUCUCUGUGCUUGAAUUCCAGACAAAA